AUGGGCACUGAAACACAAUCACACAUAUUAUCGGUUUCAACUUCGUCUCCAAAUUCCUCUAAUAUACCCUCAAGCACGAAUAAAAACACUCAAGAGCAAAAAAUUGAAAAUACGAGUGCAAGUAUACCAGAAAGUGAGGAAGCUUAUCGUCCAACUCCCUCAAAUGAUGAGGUGAAUGCAGCAGCGGCCAAGAUUGCAUAUGCAUUUCGUAAACACCGUAAAUCAAGAGAGGGAGAAGGUAAAAUAUUGUCUGCUAAAUCUCGGGACGCAUUCAACAAUGGUGGAACUUGUUCGCAUAUGUCUGGUGGCAUGCGUGGUCCUUGUCCGGUAUGGUCUCAGUGGGAAGGCUUACUAAACGAUGUUGAAGAAUAUUUACGUAAUAAGCAGGAAGUCUCGGAAAGUCGGAAUACAAAUCAAAAGUUUGGACUCGCUGUAGGCGUAAUUGAACGCAUUACUAAAGGCAAUAACACUGUUCAUGAUCAUCUUUGGCUAAUACUAGACACGGAACACUGGCUUGAAAUUUGCGAUUGCCAACAUCGAUACGGUUCGAAUUUAAAGGUAUAUCAUGAUCAUUGGCUUGGGACCUCAACACCAGAAAACUUCUUUGAUUGGUUAGAUAAAGGGGGAGGCAAAUCUCUAAGCCUUAAAGCUCGUCCACGACAUAUACUUGACAGUCAGCGUGUUAAAUAUCUUACAAUUACGGAGCGGUUAGAUUAUGAAGUAACGUUCAAAGAUGGACUAUUGAUAUACAAGAAAAGUGGCAAGUAUGUUCACACAAAUCCGAAAGGCUAUGAUGAAGUGCAAUCUAAAAUAUCGCCAAUGCUUAUAAGAAAAACAAGCAAAACAAAUACGAGUGAAUCAACUUUUACAUCAUUACCCAGUCCACAUGGCAGUACAAGGUAUACACACACUCGUGAUGAUAGUGAUAGUGAUGUAGGUACACGAGGUAAAUGGAUAUACGUCUCAGAUUGUGAAGGAAAAUUCUAUGUAGGGCAAAAGAUAAAAGGUCAAUUUCAUCAUUCAUCAUUUCUUUCGGGAGGGGCAAUCCGUGCUGCAGGCGGAAUAAAAAUUUAUGAGGGACGUUUGCUUGAAAUUAAUCCUAGGAGCGGACAUUAUAAACCAGCACAAGAUCAUUUCAAGAACCUUAUUAAAAGAUUACGAGAAGAGGGGAUAGAUGUAGAUAGUAAAGAUGUUAAGGUUAUUUAUCCUGAUGAUAUUAUGGAAAAACAAUUAUUAGAGAAAUACCAUUUAAAACGUUUUGCGGAAUUUAGUAAGGUUUACGACGAAGUUAUACGGGAUGCGGAAAAUAUGAUUGAUUCUAUGGACCGACAAGUUACUAAAGUGUCGAUAGAGUUAAAAAAAAAUACGAAAGAAUUUCUUAAAACGAGCAAAAAAUCUAUACAAACAAUUAGAAAUUCACACGAUAUACGCAAGUCUAAGAGUAAACAUGAAAGGAAAUCUAGUGGAUUCCUUGAGCGCGUUUUAUCAUUUAUAGGAAUCUCGGAUAAUGAUUCUGGUGAAAGUUCUAGCCAAACAAACGAAACUGGAUCAUAA